UAUUUGACACGUUCACUGAACAACAUCACAUUUAAUUUGACGAUAUACGUUAUUCACUUCACUUUCCCUGUCAUGGUAAUGGUCGUCAAUUAUAUCAGAAUCAUCCAGGCAGUCAUCAAACAGAACAACAUCAUGGAAAAACAAGCAGGAAAAAUGGGAGCGAUGGUAUCCUCGAAAGAAAAGAGAUUCAAGACAGAAGUAAGCCUGGCUAAAACUUGUUGCGUCUUUUGCAUACUCUUUCUUCUGUCUUGGGUCCCAUAUGCAACGAUAGCCAUACUAGCUUUGUGCAAUUACCGAGGAGCCGUAACCCCAUUCUCUGCGAUGCUACCUGUCAUGUUUGCGAAGGCAUCCGCAUGCUAUAACCCACUUGUAUACACAUUGUCGCAUCCACGCUUUAAACUAGAGCUCAGAAAGAGGUUCCCAUGCCUUUGUGCAUGUCUAAGACCAAAUAAAAGUUUUACUUCAAGUUCACCAGACAGCGAAAGUCAACAGCCAGCUGGGAAUCCACAUGGUCACAUGGGAGAUAGUCAAAGCAGUUUAAGUGAAAUAUCAGUCAAUAAAACACCAAUGCCUCAACCGAGCAAUAAAAAAAUAACUGUUAAAAACAACAGGUCCUUGGAGCUCACUGCAGCAUCAAUGAAGAAAGAAAUCGUUGAACGAAAGAACAUCUUUACUGUUGAUAUGGAGCAAGAAAAUCAAUCAAAAAGAUUGAAAAAUGCUGCAAAAGAUAAUGCCGCAUUUGUAGAUGAUGAAAAUAAACAUGAUGAGAGCAAGCAGGACAAAGGGAACAUAAAGCAAGAAAGGAAGACAAUACCUGAUGAUGCUGAAAAUGAUAAUGCUAAUGAUACAGCUGAUGAGGAUGAACCAAAUGAAAACAAACAAGACAAACCUAAGAACGAUGAUGAGCAUGAACUGAAGACCAUAUCUGAAGCAAUUGAUGGAGUAAAAAAUAGAGAAGCCAUCAAGAAGAAGAGUACACCAAGACAACCUAUAACUCAACUGUAACAAUUGCCUAUGCUAUUAGAAAUGACCCUGCUUUUAGUUUCGCAUCAAGCAUUUGUAUAUACGUGAUCCAUCAACAAUUACCCCCUCAAAACUAACUUUUCCUUGUUACAGCUUAGCUGUAAAUAUCUGGAGAUGGCCAUCAGAGACCGAUAGGAGCGAACAUUUCUGGAAUGU